AUGAUUAAGUUUCAGGAAAGUGUGACAUUCAAGGAUGUGGCUGUGGUCUUCACCACGGAAGAGCUGGCACUACUGGACAAGGCCCAGAUAAACCUGUACCAAGAUGUGAUGCUGGAGAACCUCAGGAAUCUUGUCUCAGUGGGAGAUGGGAUUAAAAGCAACAUUUUGAAUCUUCAGGAAAAAGGACUGAGUUUUCUCUCCCAAGAAGUGCUCCCCUGCUGGCAGAUUUGGAAACAAAGGAUCUGUGAAUUAACUGCGAGUCAGGAUUAUGUCAUGAAUCUUCAAGGAGAUUGUCCCCUGUAUUUAGAAAGAGAUGUUUCCCUUUGUGAAGAGUGCGCAGGGAUGUCUCUUCAGAUUUCUGAAAAUGAAAACUAUGUAGUAAAUUCCAUUAAUUUAGAAAAUCAAAAUGCCACAGCUUGGAAAGGCCUGACACAGGUUCUUCCCCCAAAAUCUUGGACAAAAGUCAAUAUAAUGACUGAGACCCAGAAUUCUCAGGGAAGUUAAAAGAGAAUUCAUAUGGAAGAGAAAUUGUAUGGGUGUGUUCAGUGUGAUGUCGGCUCCAGUCAGACCUCACAUAUGGGUAAUGAUUGAGAAUGUAAAGAAGAGGAACCUUGUAGAUGGACUGGCUGUGGGAACAGUGUGGUUAUGAAAUCAACAGUGAAACAACGUAAUUUAACCCCUACAGUACCACAGUCUUUCAAACGUAGUAACCGUGGAAUGGGCAUUAUAGAUUAUGCAAAUCCUCAUGUUUGUCACAGCACUCACACAGGAGAAAAAUCUUGCAGAUAUAACCAGUGUGGAAAGGACUUUAGUCAGAGUCCAGAGCUUGUUGUUCAUCAUAAAACCCAUUCAAGUGAGAUGCCUUAUGAAAGCCAUGAAAGGGCCAAGGGCUGCAAACUGAGCUCAGACCUUCCCAGAACUCAGAAAGUCCUCUCAGGAGACAGACCCUACAAAUGUAAGGAAUGUGGCAAGAGCUUUAGGCACAACUCCUCUCUUCACAGCCAUCAUCGAGUGCACACUGGGGAGGUGCCCUUCACAUGCGAUGUAUGUGGGAAGGGGUUCAGAUUUAGGUCACUUCUUUGUAUUCACCAAAGUGUGCAUGCAGGAAAAAAGCCCUGUAAAUGUGAGGAGUGUGGGAAGGGCUUUGAUCAGAGCUCCGAUCUUGUCCAUCAGUGAGUCCACACUGGAAAGAAACUCUACAAAUGCAGUGAGUGUGGCAAGUGCUUUAGUUCAAACUCUGUUCUUCAGGUCCACCAGGGGUUGCACACAGGGGAGAAGACUUAUAGGUGUGGGGAGUGUGGAAAGGGCUUCAGUCAAAGUACACACCUUCACAUUCACCGGAGAGUCCACACGGGAGAAACCCUGCAGAUGCAAUAUGUGCAGAAAGGAUUUUGCAAGCGUUCAUUUCUUCACACUCAUCAGAGAGUUCACAUAGGAGAAAAACCAUAUAAAUGCAAAGUGUGUGUUAAGGGCUUCAGUUAUAGUUCAUAUUUCCACUUACACAGAGAUCACACCAGAGAAAAACCCUGUAAAUGUGAUGAGUGUGGUAAGGGCUUCAGUUGUAACUCAUAUCUUCUUGCUCAUCAGAGAGUGCAUAUAGAUGAGACGCAAUAUAAAUGUUGUGAACCUGGCAAAGGUUUUAGUUAUAGCUCAGACCUUCUUACUCAUCAAAGACUGCACAAGAGGACAGAAACAUAA